AUGGCGAUCACCGCUCAAUGUCACAAGCUUCUAGAGGCCGAGAUCCUGCAACGGUCUUCGCACAUUGUCUCUGUAGUCGGUGGUCAAGCAGUGGUCUUUGGAGGAGAGCUGCAGCCUCGCGAGCCCCGCGAUAAUGAUGUCCACACCAUAUCCUUGGGCAGUGCGUCUGCAUGCAUAAACCCCCAACCCGCAACAUCCGAAUCCCCCUCUGCACGCGUCGGCACCGCCUCCGCAGCUCUGAACGGAAAACUUUAUCUCUUCUCCGGCCGAGGAGGCAUCGCAAUGGCACCCAUUGAAGAGAACGGCGCGAUCUGGGAAUACGAUUCAAAUUCAACAAGCUGGACUCUUAUCCAGCCCUCGGAGGUGAGAUCAAAAAAUUAUCCCGCUGCCCGCAGCUACCACUGCAUGACCAGCGAUGGCAAAGACACCCUCUAUCUCCACGCAGGAUGUCCCGAAAAGGGAAGACUCGGAGACUUGUGGGCAUUCAGUAUUUCAAGCAAAGAGUGGACUGAGCUUGCACCAGCAUUCGAUCCCCCUCGUGGUGGUACAUCGAUUGCAUUUGCGGAUGGAAAAUUGUACCGUAUGAAUGGCUUUGAUGGGAAAACCGAGCAGGGUGGGAACUUGGAUAUCUAUGCGCCGGUGACUAAUUCUUGGGACUCGCAUACCUAUUCCGCAGAUGGAAAAGGUGGCCCGACGCCUCGAAGUGUCAGUGUCUUGUUGCCGAUUUCCCUUGGUGGUCGGUCUUAUUUGGUCACCAUGUUUGGAGAGCGGGAUCCUAGUUCGCUGGGCCAUCAGGGUGCGGGGAAGAUGUUGAGUGAUGUGUGGGCCUUUGAUAUUGGAAACAAGACAUGGGACCAGGUGGAUCUGCAGGGCAGUGAGCUUCCACUUGCGCGGGGCUGGUUCGAUGCUGAUGUUGCGGCCUCGGAUGCAGUUGUCGUUCACGGUGGAUUGGGAGAAACGAAUGACCGGCUUGGAGAUAUCUGGAGACUUGAGUUUGCAUGA